UGGUGGGAAUAUGGAACGAGCUGCCAAUGGAUUUUCUAUAUACCCGCAACCCUCUGUUUAACGUUUAAAAGACAUUUGAACCGCCAUGUGCAUCCGAGUGUAAAACGAGUGUCCCGGGCAGGGAAACCCAGACUUUCCCCAGGAGCAGCGAGGAUGGGCGGCUGGAGGAUCUCACGGGACACGGGGACUGAUCCAAAGUUGUCCGGGGCAAUGAGGCCGCGGGUGGUGCUGCGGAGAUUGCGACUUCCACCCCGGGGCCACAGGGAUUCAGCAAUAAUCCAAACAGCGCGUCAGGAUCGGCCGCAGUCGCUCGACCCACCGGCACCCGACCGUCAGCGGCCUUCGGAGAACGCGAGAGGAAAACGGCCCGUUCACGGCGGGGAGAGACGGUGCCGGGGUCCCGAGCGCGGCCGGGGCUUCAGCCGGGCCCCCGGACCGCCGAGGCACCCGAGCCAUUACCCCAAGGAGAAACGGUGGAAAUGCGGGGACUGCGGGAAGGCGUUUCUCUACCCGUCCCACGUGGAAAUCCACCGCCGCAGUCACACCGGGGAGAGGCCGUUCAUCUGCCCCGUGUGCGGGAAAGGGUACCGCUGUUCAUCUUCCCUGCUCAAACACCAGCUUGUCCACUCCAGGAAGACGCCGUUUGUCUGCUCUCUGUGCGUGGGAAGGGGUUCACUCAGUCUGACAAGUUAAUGGUGCACCAUCUGGCUCGCACCGCUGAGAAGCCGUCUGCCUUGCUCUCGGUGUGGGGAGGGAUUCUCUCCGGUCAUCCGAGACACAUCGGGACACACCAGCACAUUCAUGCUGGAGAGAGGAACCAUUCGCCCGCUCCGGGUGCGGGAAGGGAAUCACUCAGUUAGCCCACAAGUGACCGCAGGGCGUGGAGUGCCCGAUGGUGGUGGUUCCUCAAUUAUUGUAGAGUUGAACCGUGUUCACUGCCGGCCUGGGCUCCUCCUCCUGAUGUUUCACAGCCCCUGGAGCUGGGCUUAAUUUUAAUGAAUAAAUCAUCCUGAUCUUGAACAUGUGGCGCUUUGCCUAUUUUAUUGGCUGGUGUAAUACUCUUAUGAAUUUGGGUAUUUAACGUAU